AGCUUCAAACAUUUUGGGGUUUUCAUCCAACAGUCAGUUAAACCCUUAAACCCUAAUUCCCCAGCUGUAUAUCUCUAUAUCUAUAUCCAUAUAUGAUGAUCAGCCGCAGCCGUUUAAUCUCCAGGUACAUUUUCAAGAAUCUUCUAUUACGUUCAUCAAGUUCCAUACUUUAUGAAAACCCUUUAUUCAUUAAGCAUUUAAACCUUAGUUUUAUAUCAAUCCCAGCUAAAUUUCAUAAUUUUAAUGCACCAUUUAGUCCAAACUGUAAUCUUUUGUAUCGAAAUUAUUGUUCCGAGAAAACCCCUAGAGGAAAUAAUGAAUGGACUGAUGAUAUAGAGUACUUAGAUGAAUCAGGGAGUGUGAUUUAUACAGGGAAGGGUAUUCGGUCUGUUGAACCGGGUUUAGAUGGUCAUAUUAUGGUAGGCGGUUUAAAGCAGCCGUUUUCAAACGCGUCUGCUGUUGCUAAGAUUGUUGAAAUUGUGAAAAGAUGGAAAUGGGGUCCAGAAAUGGAGACCCAGUUGGAUAAGUUGCAAUUUGUUCCGAAUAUGGUUCAUGUUACUCAAGCUUUGAAGAUGAAUAUAGAUGGUGAUGGUUCGUUAAGUUUGUUUAAGUGGGCUAAAAGGCAAUCUUGGUAUUCGCCAAGUGAUGAGUGUUAUAUUGUGUUGAUUGAUAGGUUGAAUCAGAGUAGGAAUUUUGAUGGUAUUCAGUCGGUUUUUGAUGAUCUUGUUGGGGAUUCGGGUAAAGAGAUGGUUAAUGAGUUCAGUGCGUUUAGUAGGGUUGUUCAGUAUCUUGCAAAAGCUGAGAAGUUGGAGGUUUCGUUUUGUUGUUUUAAGAAAAUUCAAGAAUCGGGUUGUAAGGUUGAUACUAAGACGUAUAACUCACUUAUAAAUUUAUUUCUGGAUAAGGGUUUGCCUUUUAAGGCGUUUGAGAUAUAUGAAAACAUGGAAGGAGUGGGUUGUACUUUGGAUUUGGCAACCUAUGAGUUGAUGAUACCAAAUUUAGCCCGAUCGGGUCGGAUUGACGCAGCUUUGAAGCUCUUUCAACAGAUGAAGGAGAAAAAUAUUCAACCCGGGUUUGCAAUCUUUGCAUCACUUGUUGAUUCAUUGGGGAAAGCAGGUAGGUUGGAUACAUCGAUGAAAGUUUACAUGGAAAUGCAAGGGUUCGGGCUCAAACCAUCUGCAUCCAUAUUUGUAUCCAUGAUUGAGUCAUAUAUCAAGGCCGGGAAGCUAGAUGCUGCUCUAAAGAUAUGGGACCAGAUGAAGAAAGCUCGAUUUAGACCUAAUUAUGGCCUCUACACUAUGGUUGUGGAAUCCCAUGCUAAAUCAGGAAAGCUUGAGACUGCAAUGUCUAUCUUCUCUGAUAUGGAGAAAGCUGGUUUCUUACCCACCCCGAGCACGUAUUCUUGCUUGUUGGAGAUGCAUGCUGGCUCUGGUCAAGUUGAUGCUGCCAUGAAGCUGUAUAAUUCAAUGAGUCAUGCAGGUGUAAGGCCCGGUUUGAGCACUUAUAAUGCCCUACUUACACUCUUAGCGAAAAAGAAACUUGUUGACAUAGCUGCAAAGAUUCUUCUUGAAAUGAAGGCAAUGGGAUAUUCUGUAGACGUGACUGCUAGUGAUAUUCUUAUGGUUUUUAUUAAAGAUGCUUCUGUUGAUCUUGCAUUAAGAUGGUUAAGAUUCAUAGGUUCUUCUGGGAUUCGGACAAAUAACUUUAUUAUAAGACAGUUAUUCGAGUCUUGCAUGAAAAACGGGCUCUACGAGUCUGCAAAGCCACUUCUUGAUAACUAUGUCGAAUCUGCAGCUAAAGUUGACCUCAUACUCUACACGUCGAUUCUUGCCCAUCUGGUAAGAUGUCAAGAAGAAGAACACGAAAGACAGUUGAUGUCAAUCUUAAGUGCUACAAAACAUAAAGCACAUGCCUUUAUGAGUGGGCUUUUCAUGGGACCAGAACAGAGGAGUAAACCGGUUCUAGCCUUUGUCCGGGAGUUUUUUCAAAACAUUGAUUAUGAAUCGGAAGAAGGAGCCGCUAGGUACUUUGUAAAUGUACUUUUAAACUAUCUUGUUCUAAUAGGUCAGAUUAAUCGAGCCCGUUGUGUGUGGAAAGUUUCGUAUGAAAACAAGCUUUUCCCGAAGGCGAUUGUGUUUGAUCAGCACAUUGCUUGGUCGCUUGAUGUUAGAAACUUAUCGGUUGGUGCAGCUCUUAUUGCAGUGGUUCACACUCUCCAUAGAUUUAGGAAAAGAAUGCUGUAUUAUGGUGUGGUUCCUAGACGGAUCAAGUUGGUGACAGGCCCUACCUUAAAGAUUGCCGUUGCACAGAUGCUGAGCUCGGUUGAAUCGCCAUUUGAGGUUAGCAAGGUGGUUCUAAGGGCACCCGGGGACUCUGUAUCAGAAUGGUUCAAGAAGCCAAUAGUUCAACAGUUUCUUUUGAAUGAGAUACCAUCAAGAAGUGAUAUUCUGAUGCACAAGCUUAAUAUACUUUUUCCCAGUUCUGCUCCCGAAAUUAGGUCCUUAAAUUUACCUAAACCCCUUGUUAGUGGAAGGACAAUGUAAUAAGAAUGCUACACUUAUAAAGUUGUACAUAUUGUAUGCAUUUUUUUUAUA